CACCCUUUUCGCUAGCGACUCUGGAGUCCGGAGCAGCACUGCAGCUCAGUUCUUUGAGCCCUUCUUUUCAAACCCUAAACCUUUCGCACUGACGCCGGUGCUGGAGGCUGGCGGAGUCGAGGUAGACCCUUAGGUUUUUCGAUAUGGACGUCUCGCCGGCUCCAGCUACAGUCGCCGACAUCAGAGACGGUUUUCGGCGGCAGCGUAGACGGACCGACACGGACGAGGACAGGCAGGAGCAGUUUGCACUAGAGCAGGAGACGGAGUGGAGGCGGACCUUGCAGCGCGAGCUGCAGCUCUCGAAGGCAGCGGCGCUACAGGCAGCACGUGAGCAGUUUAGACAGGAGACAGAGCAGCAGCAGCAGCAGCAGCAGCAGCAGCAGCAGCAGCAGCAGCAGCAGCAGCAGCAGACGCAGCAGCAGCCACAGCAGCAGUCGCAGUCGCAGCAGCCGUUUGCGCAGCAGCAGUUCCUUCAGCAGCCGUUUUACGGGACUCCGGCGUGGCAGCAGCCACAGCACCGCCCGGGCCCAGUGUUUCCACAGGACCAUCUGCCGCAGCAGCCCCAGGGGCAGCAGCAGACGGGGCAGCAGCAGCAGCAGCAGACGGGCCAGUAGAGGCAGACACAGGGGACGGGGUUGGUAGCCGAGGGAGGCACAGACCACGUAGGAGGCUAGAGGAGUCGGACAGGGAG